CCUACAGGUCUCGCGAGAACGUCCGCGUAGCGCCUCCCCUCCCCCUCGCCAGCAUUCCGCCCCUCCCCCAUCCCUGGUUCCUCCUGGGCUGCCCCGCCCCCUUCUCCCAGCCUCGCGAGAUCUCCCUGCCGGUGUCCCCGCCCCCUGCACGGCACGAUGGUCGCGCAAGAAUGUGAUCCGGUCCCGCCGGCCGCCAUUUUCUUUCUUUCUUAGCAGCGCGCUGGGAGAGGGAGCUCCGGGACGCGCGGUAGCGGCCACCGCAGCUGGGCCAUGGCAGACUACUCAACGGUCCCUCCUCCGGCCUCGGGCUCGGGCUCGGGCGGCGGCGGCGGCGGCGGCGUCAAUGACGCCUUUAAGGACGCGCUGCAGCGAGCGCGGCAGAUUGCAGCCAAAAUUGGAGGUGAUGCAGGCACAUCACUGAAUUCAAAUGACUAUGGUUAUGGGGGACAAAAAAGGCCUUUGGAGGAUGGAGAUGGCUCUUGGACAAGUCCGAGCAGUACAGCACACUGGGAGGGAAUGCCCUCUCCUUUUAAAGAUCAGCCCGACGCUAAGAAAGUGGCUCCUCAGAACGAUGCUUUUGGAGGCCAAUUACCACCAAUGCAUCAGCAGCAAAGGUCGGUAAUGACAGAAGAAUACAAAGUUCCAGAUGGAAUGGUUGGAUUCAUAAUUGGCCGAGGAGGUGAACAGAUCUCACGCAUACAACAGGAAUCUGGAUGCAAAAUACAAAUCGCUCCUGAUAGUGGUGGCCUGCCUGAAAGGUCAUGUAUGUUAACCGGGACUCCUGAAUCUGUUCAGUCAGCCAAGCGGUUACUUGACCAGAUUGUUGAAAAGGGAAGACCAGCACCUGGCUUUCAUCAUGGGGAUGGACCAGGAAAUGCAGUCCAGGAAAUAAUGAUCCCAGCCAGCAAGGCUGGACUCGUUAUCGGCAAAGGUGGAGAGACUAUUAAGCAGCUCCAGGAGCGAGCUGGUGUGAAAAUGGUGAUGAUUCAGGACGGGCCACAGAACACUGGCGCCGACAAGCCACUCCGGAUCACGGGCGACCCUUACAAAGUCCAACAAGCCAAGGAGAUGGUCUUGGAGUUAAUCCGAGAUCAAGGUGGCUUCAGGGAGGUGCGCAAUGAGUACGGGUCAAGAAUAGGAGGCAACGAAGGCAUCGAUGUCCCAAUACCGAGAUUUGCUGUGGGUAUUGUAAUAGGAAGAAAUGGAGAAAUGAUUAAAAAGAUACAGAAUGAUGCUGGGGUUCGGAUUCAAUUCAAGCCAGAUGACGGGACAACACCAGAUCGAAUAGCACAGAUUACAGGCCCUCCAGACAGAUGUCAGCAUGCCGCAGAAAUUAUAACGGACCUCCUGCGAAGUGUUCAGGCUGGUAACCCUGGUGGCCCAGGACCUGGCGGUCGAGGAAGAGGCAGGGGCCAAGGCAACUGGAGUAUGGGGCCACCUGGUGGACUGCAGGAAUUUAACUUCAUCGUUCCAACUGGGAAAACUGGAUUAAUCAUAGGAAAAGGUGGGGAGACUAUCAAAAGCAUAAGCCAACAGUCUGGUGCUAGAAUAGAACUUCAGCGAAAUCCUCCACCUAAUGCAGACCCCAACAUGAAGCUAUUUACAAUACGUGGAACUCCACAGCAAAUCGAUUAUGCCAGGCAGCUCAUAGAGGAGAAGAUUGGUGGUCCAGUGAAUCCCUUAGGCCCACCUGUUCCCCACGGGCCUCAUGGUGUUCCGGGCCCCCACGGGCCUCCAGGGCCUCCAGGGCCGGGAAAUCCAAUGGGGCCCUACAAUCCUGCACCUUACAAUCCAGGUCCCCCGGGCCCUGCUCCUCAUGGCCCUCCAGCUCCAUACGCUCCCCAAGGCUGGGGGAAUGCCUAUCCUCACUGGCAGCAGCAGAACCCGCCUGACCCAGCCAAAACAGGCACAGACCCAAAUUCCGCCGCUUGGGCUGCUUAUUAUGCUCAUUAUUACCAGCAGCAAGCCCAGCCACCCCCAGCAGCUCCAACAGGCGCACCAACUACAACUCAGACUAAUGGACAAGGAGAUCAACAAAAUCCAGCUCCCACUGGGCAGGUUGAUUAUACCAAGGCUUGGGAAGAGUACUACAAGAAAAUGGGUCAAGCCGUUCCCGCUCCCACUGGGGCCCCCCCGGGUGGCCAGCCCGAUUACAGCGCGGCCUGGGCAGAAUACUACCGACAGCAGGCCGCAUACUAUGCCCAGACCAGCCCCCAAGGGAUGCCACAGCACCCACCAGCCCCACAGGUAGAGUUGGCUCUUUGGUCUGUUUCUCCUUCUCUGCAUGUCUGCCGCUUGGGUCACUUUGAGUGGAUAUGCCUUUUUAUUUUUUCCUGGCAAACUAGACCUUUAAAUGUAGUCAUGUGGUGUGUCUUGAGACAUUCUCUCUGGCAUCUGAGUGCUGAAUCUCUCCACAAUGCCUCUGAUUAUUUAAAAAACCGAUUCUCUCCUCCCAGGGUUUUGAAAUCAUGCAAGAAGCCACCACCACCAUUUGUAUUAACCGAUUUUUCUUUCUUAAAGGAUUCACUCCUGAGUUACCUUGAUUGAAAGGAUUCUCUUUAACUUUUUGUGUAUCUCUUAUGUAUCUCUUCUGCACAGGGCCAAUAAUAAGAAGUGGACAAUACAGUAUUUGCUUCAUUGUGUGGGGGAAAAAACCCUUUGUUAAAUGUAUGGAUGCAGACGCCUUGAUGAAGAUCUUAAUUUGUUUUGGUUUAAAGAGAAAUAGUGUUUUUGGAAAAUGUACAAACUAUCUAUCACUACUGAUAGGAGGGAAUAUUUCUGUGUAGAAAUGAACAUUGGUUUGUUUUUAGUAUAUUAGUGUAGAUGUACACAUUCCAGCAAAUGUAUUUGCAACUAUUAUGUGGUCGAUGCUUUGUGAUAUAAAUGUACUUUUCAAUGUAUACUUUCACUUUUAAAAUGCCUGUUUUGUGCUUUACAAUAAAUCAUAUGAAACCUC